AUGCGCACAUCCAACGCGUCCGACGUGAUCUCGCGCAAGGAUGCGCAAUAUUUCCCGAGCUCCUUGAGCACCAUCACGCCCACGACCUCUCGAGUGGUUCGCGUGCCCCUAACCUCGGGCUCGGAUUUCAUCGAUCCGGAGAGCAUCAAGGUGGCCUUCCGCUUCGUGAACAACGACGGCACCAACGACUACCACCCCGUCACAGGGCAUCCCGCCUGCCUGAUCAAAAGGAUCCAGCUCUUCGCCAACGGCCAGCGGACCGAUGACAUCGACAACUACGGCAGAACGGUGCACCUGUACACGCUGCUGAAGCUGCGCGAUUGGUGGGUUAACCAGGCCAACGAGGGCUUCGAAAUCAACGAGGUUGGCGGCUUUCCCCAGCCGCUGCCCGAGUCGCACUUCCAGGAGGUGCUCAUGGCGCCUACCCUCGUGGGGCUGCUGGGCUGCGGCAAGAUGCUGCCGCCCCAACUGAACCUGGUGCUGGAGAUCGAGUUUGCAGACCCCGCUGACACCAUCCCCCGCCAGAACAGCUCCGUGGACUUCAGCAUCCAAAACGUCCGGGUGCUGGCCUCGCAGGACUUCGCGGAGCACCACCACUUCCUGCAGGUGAUGGCUGGCACCUACGACUCCACCUUCCGCAACAUGCGCCUGACCAAGAACAUGUAUGAGGGGAGCUCCUUCAUCGCCGCUUACGCGGUGGAGCGGGUGCCGCGCAUGCCCCUCAGCGGCAACAGCACCAGGGCGGGCGACCUGGCGCGCUUUAGCUUCAAGGGGCUCCAAGCCAACAAGGUGCAGGAGUGCGACGUGCACAUGGUGAGAAAACCUAUUGUCCUCGAGAUGUCACUUUUCGAAAGCUCCAUCACCGGCAACAUCCUCAACGACGGCAACACCAUGGAGGCUUCCGGCAUCUCCGCCGGGCAGCUAGCGACGGUCUUGACGGCCUACACGCCCCUGACCGAUACUGCGACCAACACCGCCUCCAUUUCGAGCAACGCGACGGGCGUGGCCAACAACGCGGCCGCCAUCGCGGCGCUGCAAUCGCAAGUCGCCGGCCUCCCGCCUUACGCCCUGGCUUCCGACUUGGCCGCGGCCGAAGCGCUCAUAGCCGCCAACGCCAGCGGCCUCGUGGCGGCGAACACCAGCCUCAAAGCACUCUCGGCCCAACCCAUCCUGGGCAACGGCUCAACCCUGCAACUCAGCUGCGACUGCUGGUCCAGGAGCCAAUCGGACGUCCGCUACCCCCUCGUCGCCAACUUCAACUCCCUGGGCGAGGCCGUCACGGACCUGGAGAACAGCCCCGGUGUGCAUCCCACGGCAAACCUCACGGUCAACAGCCUCACGGCCACCAGCUUCGUGGACACGCCCCUGAUCCAGAGCGCGGCCGCGGACCUGCAGCUCCGGGGAGUUCGCCCAGUUCUUCGUGGGCUCCACGGCGGCCACCGGAACCUUUGCGAGCAGCAGCUCCAUCACGGCCACGAGAUCGAGAGCGAUUUGCGGGUGCAGGCCUCGCUGGUGCGCAGCGACCCCACGGCACCACUGCUCACGAUCCACGGCGGCACCAACGGAGUGCUCGUGGACGACACCCUGCGCAUCAACGGAGUCCUCGCACCCGAGGCCUCGCUGCCGUUCCUGAGUUUGUCGGGCGGCACCAGCGGCGUGCAGGUGCUCAGCCCGCUGCUGGAACAGAUCGCGGUCCCGCCGGCGGCGUCGGCGUGCUGGUGCGGAAUGCCGCGGCCACGGGCGAGGCUUCUUUACUGUUGGACGCCAACAACUAGAACGGCCUGGCCGAGGGUGCUGGCGGGUCGGGGCGUGCAGCUGAACAGCCUCUUCCAAUUCAUAAGCAUGAACAACACGAACGGCAAUUUGGCCAUCGAGCCCAACACCGGCGGGUCUCUGAACGGCGAGGUGAUCUUCGGCUACGGGCACCUGAACGCCUCGGACCAGCGCCUCAAGACGAACAUCCGCCCCGUGCCAGAAAAGCAGCUGGAGCCGAAGUGCUACGGCCGCAUCGAGAGGGCCACGGACCAGAUCGGCUUCAUUGCGCAAGACGUGCAAGCCACCAGUAAGCUGGGAGAGACCCCGUGCAAGCCGGUGGGCGGGCAGGAUGUGCUGGCCCUAGACUAUCAGAAGCUCUCCGUGGUGCUCUGGGGCAAGUUGGCCAUGAAAAGGCAGCGCUUCAACAAGCCCGUCUGGGGAUUCUCGAUGCACCAAUACUAUGGGCGCGGCGCGCCAAGGCCCUGCUGUACUCGGUCGGUGCAGGGCGGUGAGGUGAUCUCCCAGCCCAGCUCCUCGAAGGCUCUGCCUAUGGACCCCGUUCCCGAGAAGAGCUCCAGCAGCCAACCAUUUCUCAAAAUGGACCUCCGACUUGGUGAGACGCUCACAAACAAAAAAGGCGGCAAAUUUAUGCCUUUGGAGCUUCUUUGCUGCUGGAAAAGCAACGAAUGGGCCAGCGAAUGGGCCGAAAUCGUUUACGAGCCGAUCUCUUAUGGCGAGCAAACCUCCGAACGAAUGACCCUGAGCCUGGAACUCACGCCCGAGAUGCAAAAGCUCGUGGAAGACCAUGAGAAGCAGGCUCCAUCCCAAGUCCUCGCCAAGAGAUUGGAUUCAAUGUUGCAGUCCUGCAUCAAGCAGACGUGCACUAAGGGGCAGGCCAUAAAACUAGAAAUCCACCUGGGAACGGUGCGCUUUUUGGACGCAACCGGUAAUAAAUUGACGAAUGCAUCGAAGAAGCUCAAAGGUCGAAAGGCGCUGGUUGCAAUCGAAGUGCGGCAGCUGUGGAUCAUGGGGCACCAGUGUGGACUUCUGAUGGAAAUUCGCGACAUCAAGCAGCUACAGGAUGCCUCGCCCCAAGAGUGUCCCCUGUAA